UGAGUGUUGUCUGCAUGGAGUGAGUCCACCGGUGCUGUCAUAUCACACCUACCGUUCCCUCACCUGUCAGUCCUGUAGUGCCCACACAUCGGACACAAUGUUCUCGACGUCCACUCAACUGAAGCACUGGUUGUAUGGAUCGGAGGAAGAGUUGAAUCAAUUGCGAACGGAAGCCAAUCAGCGGUUCAUCCGCCACAGAGUCACCGAUGAUCUGGAUGACGUCUACGACAAGUACUUGAGUCCCGCCGAAGAGGCCGUUCACACCAAACAUUACGAAUCAAUUUUGCGCGACUUUUGUCGCAAAUUCUCGCCACCGAUGCCUAAGUCUGUUGUCGGAACGGCAUUUCAGUACUUCAAGCGCUUCUAUCUGAACAACUCAGUGAUGGACUUCCAUCCGAAGCACAUAAUCGUCACGUGUGUCUACUUGGCCGCCAAAGUGGAGGAAUUCAAUGUAUCGAUGCAACAGUUC